CCUAAAUCAAGUCCAAAAAAGAAAUAAUAAUAAAUGGCUAAAACGUCUUUUUACCAGGCUAUAUCAUCUUUAAUAAAAAAAGAAAAAAGUUAUCAUUUAAAAUUAAAUCAACAUAGUAGUACCUACACAAUAUGUAGUAGUUAUUUAAAAUAAAUCGUUAAUUUUCCCUAGUUUUGUUGCCUGUUCUGCUAAUUAAUUUUCAUUUUAUGUUAGAAUCCAAAGAAAGACGUCAAAUCCCCUUGAGAUGUGUCUGCAGGGUAUAAGGGGAAGCGAAAGUGAUGCUCAAAAUAAGAUGAGGGAAAACUUUAAAAUGAUGUGGGAACAGCAUCCUAAUUUUGGAAGGAAUUCUAUCCUCUGGGAAGAAUGGUGGCGACAAGUGGUCAAGCUAACUCUACAAGAUCAUCUUCCAGUGGGUGCUGACACAAGAAGCUUAGGGAACACUUUAAUCAAUGAUUUCAAAACCUCCAAAUGUUGGGAUGUAGCAGCUGGAAGCGAUACAUUGCUGCAAAUAAUAAAAAAGAAGGGGAUAGCUAUAGGAGUGAUUUCGAAUUCAGACCCUCGUCUUUACGAUAUUCUUCAAAAUUUAGGCUUAAGUAAAUAUUUUGAUUUCAUUUUAACCUCUUAUGAUUGUGGAUUUAGUAAACCUGAUAGUAGAAUAUUUCAAGAAGCUCUUCUACAAUGUAAAGAGAUAACUAAGGCAAGUGAAUCUUUGCAUAUUGGUGAUGAUCUUGAGAAGGAUUACAUUGGUGCAAGAGAAUCUGGCUGGCAUGCAUUACUGAUAUCAAAUAAUGAAACCAAGAUACCACCAGCUAAGGAUCAUGUGUUCGCAAAUAUAGAUCUAUUAAGUAUAGCCAUUAGUCAAAAUAAACUUAAGUUAGUUUAAAUUUUGUUAUUAUAGGUUUAGUGUUGAAGGAUAAACUAGACAUUUAAACAGCAGCAAAAAAAUUAAAUCCAGUCAAUCAUCCCCAUUUUAAUCAAAAUUUUUAGAAUGAGAGUGAUGACUGGAUAUUUUCUAGCAGCUGCUGAGACUAUAUUAAGUUUUACAAAGAAAAUAUACAUUCAUUAGAACAUACCUUUAAAAACAAAGCACCUAUAUUAAGCAAUGAAAAAUGAAUACAUUUAGAUAUGUAAGAUGAAGUGUGUUCACUGUAUUUUCUUCUUUUUCAUUUAAAAUUAUUAUAUUUUAGUAAUUCGUAAAUUAGGUUGUUAAUUAAGUAACUGUCAGAACUAAUGGAAAUCAUUCCUACCAUCACACACCAUGAGACUUGAGGUGAAAUACUCAAUUUAAUUUAUGUAUAAAUCUCAUAUAUAGGUCUCAAUCAAUUUAUUUAAUGGCCUGCUUUUCACAUCAGAGCAUAAAAGUGCUUCAUGGUUGAAAAACAGGAUGGCACUUACCCAUGCAGGCCUAGAUUAUACCAAUUCCAUCAGUAAUUGUGUAAAUUUGUAGGUUUAAUUUUUAUUACACAACUGUUACUUGCUUGUGAAGGAAAAGUGUAAAUUUUUCUUAAGAUAAUAAAACUUUCCCUUGGUAAUGUGAUUAUUUUCUUAAAGCAUAAAACGUAGCGCAUGUCACACACCUGACCUAAAACUAUCACUACAAAAUAUCAUGUCAAUCCAUUUUGUUUCGACUUGAAAGAUAAACAAACAAAUACAUCUACAAUGCAGUUAAAUUAUAUUGAAUUGUGUUGAUUAUGCUGGCACAGUCAUUAUUCGGUUUAAAUCCACUUUCUUCAUAUUCGAAACAUAUUUUGGGCAUUUUGUGGCAUAUAUAUGAGUCGUGGUCUACAGGACCUUUGAAGAUGCAGCAAAGGUUCUUCGUCUUGAUAUCGUCAUACCAAGAAUAUAACUGUUUUUCUCUGUAAUAAUAUAAAGAAACACAAAAAUAAUGUAAAAUAAAUAUAUUAUUUAUAAAAACGUUGGUAGGAUGAAUGCAAACAAAAAAAACUAACAUGAACUCCAGUUUCUCUAGAAAAUUGCGACAUGUUUUUUCCUUCUCUAGAUAUAAAUUAAUGAUUUCACACCAAGAUCAAUGCCAUCAAGGUCUCUGAAAGCGUCUACAGAAAUGUAUAUCACGAGUUCAAAUCGUCGGGGACUAAAUUCAGUUUGUGUUUUUGUAAAUUUACUGCUAAAUUUCAAUAUUAACGAUUGGAAAUUAAAGUUGACGCUUUGCAAUAUUGGUCUCUGUAAAGAAUUUACCGUUGGAAAUUUUGAGGGACAAGAAACGAUUAGUGUGAAUAAUAAUAUUCUCCGUCUCUGGGACAAGUACGAAAAUGUUACGCACUUCACGGUAGCAUCUCGCGGCAUCUCGCUCAAGCAGUGGACAAUUGGACAUUGGACAUUGGAUAAAAUAAACCUAUUUAGUUGCCAACCCUAGCAUAAAGCAAAACUGUAGAUAUGCUUUAAAAAGUAUAGAAAACUAUAAAUAUCAAAUUAAAAACAGUAAAUCUACAUCUUUAUCUUUAUAUUAUAUUUUGUAUAAUUUAAUAAUAGUAAUAAAUUCUUACAUUAUAAGGAGGGCAUUAAAAACAAGAAAAAUCGUGUAGGUAAUUAACAAAAUUUUAAUCUAAUUAAAUGUCAAAAUCAAGUCUCAAAGUUGCAACUAUUUCAGUGCCUGGAUGUUAGUUAUUAUUACUAGCGAAUAUUUUAUUUUCAAUUUGUAAGUCUUCUUGAUUUUCCAUUUCAUCUUUACUUUUGUUGAAAUCGUCCAUAUUUUUAUUGAUUUUUUUGAAACGGUCAUAUUUUGUCACGUGGAACUCGAAAUAACAAUUUUUAAUUUCUGACUUUGUGUACAAGGUAUCUUUAAUUGUGCGGGUAGAAAGUUAAUUUCUUAGUUUCGUUUUGUAAUAAAAUAAAUGAAGCUAACAUCUUACUAAAAAAGUGGAUUUCGAGGUCUAAACUGAAAACUGAGAGAAUUUCCGAAAAUCUGUAGAUGUAACUGUAGACUGUAGAUCGUUUCCGAAAAACUGUUGCCAACCCUACAGUUUUAACUGCACCGUGCACUGCACGGCAUGGGCAGUGAAAUACAUAACAAAGUAAAAAAACAUGAAGAUAAAAUCUUUUUUUCUUAUAAGGCUGCCAGUGCCAUUUAAUAAGUAAAUGCCGCUAAUACCUACGCCAUCGAACACACCGAUGGCGCGGUUUCCCUUGAUUUUACUUUGGAUUUGACCAUGCAGUUUUGCUGGGUAUACGAAUAAUACAUAAUUUUUAAGAAUUUAAUUAUUUCUGUUUUCAAGUUCCUUAUGUUGCAAAUUAAAAUGUAUGCUUAAAAUUAUGUUUCUAAAUAUUAUCGCCUGACAAACUUACAAAAAGUGUAACACAUUGGUCAGAAGUGUUCACU